UUGAAGGCUGUGGGGAUUAUCCAUGCAGACCUCAAGUUGGAAAACAUCAUGCUAGUUGAUCAGCUACGGGAGCCCUUCCGUGUCAAAGUGAUCGACUUCGGAUUAGCAUGUGAUGUGUCAGCUGCCAAGUUGGGCUCCUAUAUUCAGACCCGUCCAUACCGAUCUCCAGAGAUCAUACUGGGGCAUCCCUUCACAGAGGCCAUAGACAUGUGGUCUCUGGGACACAUGGCUGCUGWGAUGUACCUCGGGGCCCUGCUCUACCCUGGAUUGAGUGAAUAUGAAAUGAUCAAGUUCAUCACGGAGACUCAGGGUCAGCUACCCGACACCAUGCUGAACCAUGGAGGUAAAACUGCCAGGUUUUACAKGAAAAAYAACAACUCCACCACCUCCGUCUGGAAACUCAAGAGCACCAGAGCAGUACCACAAAGAGACGGGGAGGUGGCCAAUGGAGAACAGGUGUUGGAAGUUCACCUCCCUGGACAACCUCUUGCUUAUCCGACCAAUCAACACACAAAACUCUACAGAUAAAGUUGCAGAGAAGGCCGACGUCCACAUGUUUGUGGACAUGCUGAAGGGGAUGCUGCAGCUUGACCCCAAGRGAAGGAUCACACCCCUUCAGGUGCUGGAACAUAAGUUCAUCAACAUGCGCCACAUUGCCAGCACRGCCCAUCAAGGCAACUAGUAAGUCAACAAUGUGAUCUGGUCAAAUGUUUUUAAAUGUAAAAUUCUUUUUUUUCUAUUUAUAUUCCACUUGUACCUUUGUUACUGUUCAUGUASAGCUCCUUGCAAUAUGUCUUAUACAUCUUAUCUAUGUCACACACGACACACUUUGCUAAUGAAAGGAUACAUUUUCUUUCAGUUUCAGGUGCUGUUUUCAGAUGAUGGACGUAUGCAAGAAGAAAAUCCAGACUUCUGAGUGUCGCACAGCUUUGUGUCGGCCACUGAAGCAGUCCUGGUGCAAAGCUACCAACCCCGUCCAGAAGAAUCCUCCAUCAAGUGCUGAGGGGAGGAAAACAGACCAGCCCCACCACAU